UGUCGGUGUCAUGCAGUGACGUGACGCACUCAAAGCAAGACAAGGGCCGCAGAUAACACCAACAGAAGUCACUGUUGCUGUACAACGUCAACACGAACGACGGCGAACACUUUGACGCGCUCUCUAUUUCCAUUCUUUCACUUACUUUAUUACGCGGACGUGCGGGUGUUUACGGUGGUUUUUUUUUUUUUUGUUCGACUCGCUUUUCCUUUGUCUUUUGACCAUGUUCAGGUUGAUUUGUGGCUAAAGCUGCUUUGUGCUGGCAGCGAAUGUGGCACGCUCGUGACAAGCGAACAAAAUAACAAUGGCGAAAAAGGCGAGUGAUUAAAAAUUACUCAUAUGCCUUUGGGGAAGAAGUGAACUAAAGACUUUUUUGUGUGAAUUAGAAAAAAAAUAGAAGUAAGCAAAGGGGCAGAAGUGAAUAACCUUAAGAAAAAUAUUAUUGAAAGCACACGUCUGCUUAGUGCGCGCACAAAAGUAGGCAGUGAAAAUGGCAGGCAGCGACAUUGAUUAGCGUUUAUUUCCAGUGUUUUCAGUGUUUGGCUCAAGCUUUGUUGUGCCACCACAAUAAUGUGUGUCUAAGUGUUUGUGUUAGUAUGUAAAGCAAUUAGCUAUAAGUGCUAUGAAAAUGGCAAAAACUUAACAAACAACGCCUGAAAACUUCUUUUCCCUAAACAUAUGCAAUACUUGAUGCAUACUUUGCGGCGCUUAACAACAUUGAACCACCACGAAAUCCUUGACCUGAACCAAUGCCGACGCAGUAACUGAAACAACAAAACCAAAGCAUAUCGACGGCAACCAGACAAGUUCAUGUAACACCAGCAACAACAACAAGAACAGAAACAUUAGCACAACUGUUAUAACAAUAACAAAGGCGGAAGUAGCAACUACAAAUUACACUAACAAAAACUAAUAAGUGCACUAAUGUCUAAAGCAAAGUUCGCCAUCAAAAUAUAUAGAUUUCCUGCUAAAGACAUCCCGCAGCUGGGAAAACUGCACACAUUCCCAUGCAAAUGGAUGCCUGUCGGCAGCGGCUCCGUGUUUGCUGCUCUGUACGUCGCAAAGUUAAGGCACACAGCGCUUACAUAAAAGAUAAUAACGGCAAAUUAAGUGCAACACAGCCAACGAACGCAGCCAUAAACCGUACAACAACACUAGCAACAACAGCAAUAACAACUGCACUAAGUUUAGCGCUUAAGCCAGCAACAAAAGCGCACAGCAGCCACAACAGCGCGUCAGCUGUGUGUCGCCCGACAAGCUCAGCGUAUGCGUGUGGAGGACCACAGCGGCCAACGGAGGUGAAAUCUGUGCAACGCCAGUGCAAGUGCAGCACACAAGCACAGCUGGCACUGGUGGCUGUAAACGUUUGCGCUUGCAAUUACAGCCGCGGAGCAGGAACUAGCGCCCGCGCGCACCUGACAGCCAUACGCUUCACUUUGAUCCAGCUUUACCACGUGUUUGUUGCUGUUGGUGUAGCCUUAACGGUAUUGCUACAACGUUGCUGUGUUGGCAAGGCGAAAGUUAGUCCCAAGCCCGCACAAACGCAUUUACCGUUAGCCAAUUCAUUGCGGCUGGUUGCUGGAAAAUCCUAUUGGCCGCAAAAUCUCCACACGCCGACAAUGGGCUCAUGUUUCGGGCGCUGCGUGUCGAAGGAUGCUAAUGGCGGCGGUGUGGCCUCCACCGCAACAUCCUGUUUGUGGCGUCGGCGGCAACAUGCAACAGAUGAACAAGAAGCGGAACUCGUGUCGAAUGCGAGCGACAAAUGCCCGAGAGAGAAUUUUAUAUAUCGCAUUAUUAAAUUCAAAACGAAGCAAAAGCGGCCACAGUUUAUUGACAAGUUCUGGGAGCAACAGGAUAUGCAAUACACGAAAUUACCCAAUAGAAAUGGAACCGAAGGGCUCUCCGACAUUCAGCUUCAGAACCUCGACGUACACAAUUUACUCAGCAACGCCAUUCUCGCCAAGGAGUCAGCGCUCAAUUACUGCCUGACCGAAGCUCAAUACGCCGCGGCCAGCUCGCGCGCCAGUUCCUCGCUCGAUCUGGAAUGGGAGCAUGAGUACGCACACAUGCGACAACUCUAUCAGCCGCCACCGCACACGCAUCGCAGCACGCAAUCCCUACUGCAAGCCAGCACACUCAACAGCAACAACAACCUCGCGCAAUAUACCAACGGCAACAACACACCGUUACAUCACCUACACACGCUCAACAAUAACCACCACACGCUGGAUCUGAGCAAACGUAGCCACACUUACGACAAUCACCCGCUGCACGUGCACCUCAACAACUCAUGGCAAUACCUAAGCAACGACGAUGAGCAGCUCAACUCAUUAGCUUCAUACUCACAAUCGCUGUCGCUACCGCAUGCGCCACUAAACGCCGCAGCAAUGGCGCUGGCGACGGCCAAAGCAGUUGAGCGCGGUGAGCAGCGCAUGCGCACGCGUCGUGUGGCGCCACCGCCGAUCAACGAACGACGUAACAGUUCCUUUACGCGCACAUCUUCGUCGCACAACUCAUGGUCGCACAUCUCGACGCCGGAGUCGCUCGAGUGGGAUCAGGAUGAGGAGCAGCAGCGGCAGCUGCGUGUGGAGGACGACAAUUUGGAUGACGAGACGCUCGAGCUGCUGCAUCAGAUUGAGCAGUUGAAGAACCGCGUGUUAGACGAAACCGGCGAUGGACUCUACGAUCGCGGUCUGGUAGCUGCGGCGGAGAGCGAAGCGAGCGAGGGCGUACAAUUUAUGAUCGGUGAACAGUACAGUGCAGAGGAUGGACGCAAAGAUAUCAGUUGAUCAGCUGCACGCGGCUUGCGGUUCAUAAGAGGAAUUUGAGGUGGAGUUAGGUUGGCAGAAUAUAUCAAUUAUUGAUUGGAAUGUACUGUAUAAUCAAGUGCCUAGACUAAAGUAUCAUUAUAUAUUACAAAUAAUAUUUAAUUACAGUUACUGUUAAUGUUAGUCUAAAAGCUAUUACACACGGUCAUGGCAAUCAAGUUUUGUUAGUGAGGGCCUACGUUUCGGCUUGAUUGUGCUGAAGUGUUUAAAAUAUAGGGUAUGCCUGAAACAGCUGUCCGCAGUGCUAGGUUCACAACUGUCAGAAUCCAGCCGUAAUAUUUUCCUCAAAUAUGGGAUAGAUCGAUUUUAUCAUACCACAUAUUUAUGUUCUACUUCCCAUCCCAUCCAGUCUUUAGACUUUUACUAACUAAAUGAGCAGUUUAUAAUGAAUAGAACUUAAUAUACAUUAUAAGCUUCUCGUUGGGUUCAUUUACGAUCUUACAACUUAUAAACAAGCCUGCUGUUAUGAACCCAUAACUCUCGAUUUCUUUUUUUUUGUUCCCCCAAGUGACUUUAGAAUGCACAUAUCGGUUGAUAAUUGCAAACCUAUUGCAAAAAUGGUUGAAUUCUAAAAGCAAAUUGCCAUGACCGUUGUGGCUCAUAUGAGUGUUAUCGAAAAUUAAUUAAGUACGAACGUUAUGGAAUCCAAAGUCGAGGUAUAAAUGUGUACGCAGUUAAUAUAUUUAAUAAAUGUUUGUAGUUGUAACGCAACAUAGUGUUGCGAAGACUUCCAAGGCAAAUAAUAAUGUUGAAAUUUAGAAAGCAUAAGAUAAGCGGUUACUUUUUUAGAGUCGAAGCAUAGUAUGUAACUUGCACCAUUAAAAUAAUUUUAUUGGAUUUUGUUGAUCAUGUAUAUAAGUAUACCGGUUUUUGUGAAAUGAAAUACUAAUUUUGAAUAGGAGAUAAAAAAUCAUUAUCAUUAUCAUUUAACACAUUUUGGCCACUUUUUGUUCGUAUUUUGAAGCAAAUCAAUCAGACAUUCAAUGUUCGACUUCUGCGUAGGAACCGAAAAGCUGCUCAGCCAAUGCGGGUUCCAUCGAUGAAAACAAAUGGUUAUCGGAAGGGGCCAAGUCUGGUGAAUACGGCGGGUAGAGUAGCAGCUCCCAGCCAAGUAACGGAUUUUUCAAUAAGAGCGCUACAAAACCGGUUUUGGAUACCAAUGAAAUUCUUUAUUUCUCUGAAAGUAAAUUCUAUGCCAUUAUGUACGGAACUCGAUUUCUUUUGCAUUAGCCUCCACGGGCACGCUUGUCCAGACGCUGAAUCCAAUUUUCGACGCUUUUCAAGCGUAAAUCGGCCGAUACCGCUACAAUUUCAUGUUCGAUAUUAGUACGAAAUUCAUCAAUUGUCGCUGGCUUGUUGGCAUAGACCAUAGCCCCACAGGAAAUAGUCUAACGGCGUCACAUCGCACGACCGAGGAGGCCAAUUGACUGGACCAUUUGGUGAGAAAACAUGUUCCCCAAACUUGGUUUUCAAUAAAUCGUUUGUGAAAUUCACUGUCUCGCUGGCGGUGCAGUCCUGUUAGAACCACAUGAAAUUUUUGUGGCAUAACAGCGGCUUCAAGCCAGUUUUCCAUUUAUGGAAUUUUCACUCGCCGAACAUGAUCCUUUAUCCUUAUACAUUUUACGAAUUCCUAAAAAGAGCUUCACCAGCUUAAAUCGAAAGUUCUUUCGAUUGUUUUUCAACCUUUCACGCGACAUUCUAGAACUGUCGUUAAGUUAUAAAACCCAUUUCAGUAUACUAUACAUAGCCGCAAUUUUUCAUGGUUCUAUAAAGCCUUUGGGUUUCGAAACGAUGAAUGAGUGUUAUUGGCAACACUCUCCUUUGACAAGCCCACUGAACUUUGAUAUUCAGCUUUUGGAGGAUCUUAACCUCUACCUCUACUUUCUUUUGUUUUCAAACAAGAUGUAGCCUAUUUUGUUAUAAAAAAAACAGUUUUUAGACUGACAAUUAUAAAUUUAAAGACAUCAGUAAGAGUUUCUUAUGUAUGGAUCUCUCUAAAAUUAACUAUUAUUUUUAUCCACGACCGGAGUUUAGGAUCAUGUGCACGAGAAAACAAACAUGUAAAGAUACAUUUUAAACAAGAAGUACUCCGCAGACCCUAAAAUACUAGACCAUAUCCCAUUUUAUAGAUUUGUAAAGUACCGUUAAACACUAAUAGUUAACAAAAAACGAAACUACUACAUAUGUAAUAAAACAAAACAAA